AUGAGUUGGACGUUCGUGUUCGUAUUCCUUUUAGGAUGUUUUACCACGUUCUCAACCAUCCGGGUAAUUUUCCAACUCUCCAGGGAACGUGAUGAUCGAAAUUUCACACAAAUAGUCGGACAACACGGUUAUAUUAGUAAAAAUUACACUGUGCAGACAGAAGACGGAUACCUUCUUAACUUAUACAGGAUUACUUAUAGUGCCCAAUGUAAUAGCGAAAAAAUAAAAACACCAGUGUUACUUAUAAAUGGCGUGUUGGCUACUGGCGACUGCUUUUUGGACGCCGGCGUUGACAAUGGACUGCCCUACCUACUCGCAGACUCUUGCUACGAUGUCUGGGUCGGCAACGCUCGGGGCACGUACGAUGGCAGAAGGCAUAUAACCCUGGACCCUGACAAGGACACGGCCUUCUGGGAUUUCUCAGUCGAUGAAAUUGGAAAAUAUGACUUACCAGCCACCAUUGAUUUAAUGUUAAACCAUACUGGGGAACCUCAGCUGAGCUAUAUUGGUCUUUCGCAAGGCUCAGGGAGUUUUUUUGUAAUGUGCUCCGAAAGACCUGAGUAUAGUGAUAAAGUGAAAGUCCUGAUUGGACUAGCGCCUGCGACUAAACAUAUACACACAAAAUCCCCAUUAUUUAGGGCAUUGACGACAUUUGCACGGGACUACCAAAAUGUUUUACAAAAAAUAGGUGUGUUUGAGUUGAUGUGGAAGGGAAUUCUGAGUCCUAUAGUUUGGCUGAGCCAGUACAAGCCUGAGAUUUUGUCAUAUAUCAUAUGUUAUAUAGAUGCGCCAAAUCACGAAUCAAUGUCGUUGGAAACCGUGAAAUUGGCACUCACGCAUUUCCCAGCAGGAACUUCUACCAAAAACUUAGCUCGAUUCGGGCAAAGCAUGAACGUUGAUAGUUACUGUAAAUUUGAUUAUGGCCCAGAGAAAAAUAUCAAAAUGUAUGGAGGUGAUCCACCUGAAUUCAACUUGUCAGCAGUCAAUGUACCGACGUAUAUUAUCCAGGGCAAGAAUGAUUGGAUUGUGGACCCCAUUGACGUGGAAUGGCUUGUUAGCAAACUACCUAAUGUUAAGGAAUUUGUGUACAUGGAAGAUCCUCUCUGGAAUCACUUAAAUAUGGUGGUUCAUAAGGAUAUCCGAAGCGCGUUGUUUCCAAAGAUUUUAAAAUACUUGAAACUUUAUAAUAAUUGACAGAGUAUAAACACGAUAAAAUAUACUAAUAACACUGCCUUUAGUGAUGUUGAUCAGUGAUUGAACACCAAUAUAAGAUAUAGAAUUCAGAAAUUGCCAAACAAAUGACGCCAACAGUUCGAUUUCUGACACCUCUAUCUUAUAGAUAGAACAUUUUUAUUUAACAUCACAUGAAAUGGCACAGUUAACAGAUAGCGUAAUACAAAACCGGCCAAGUGCGAGUCAGACUCGCGCACCGAGGGUACCAUACUUUUUAGUAUUUGUUGUUAUAGCGGCAACAGAAAUACAUCAUCUGUGAAAAUUUCAACUGUCUAGCUAUCACGGUUCAUGAGAUACAGCCUGGUGACAGACGGACAGACGGACAGCGGAGUCUUAGUAAUAGGGUCCCGUUUUUACCCUUUGGGUAACUAACUAACUUAUAAGUUUUUGGUAGUAAUCAACAACAUUUCCCAGUGGACCAAAUACACAGCAACUAAAUUAUUUUAUGAAAGGUUUACAGUUUUCUGCUAAAUUAUAUUUAAUCAUGGCGUUGGCAGCUGUUUUUUUAUACAGAGCUGUUAAACUUUUUAUAUACAAGCAAAUUUUUAGUAGGUAGGUACCAACUAAAAGUACGAUUUCGGUUAGAACCGAACGCUGUAAAUGGUUCGCGGCAGGCCCGUACCCAAAGGGUAAAAACGGGACCCUAUUACUAAUACUCCACUGUCCGUCUGUCCGUAUGUCUGUCUGUCUGUCCGUCUGUCUGUCACGAGGCUGCAUCUCAUGAACCGUGAUAGCUAGACAGUUGAAAUUUUCACAGAUGAUGUAUUUUUAUUGCCGCUAUAAC